AUUUGCGGUCAAACCAGGGCAUAUAUAAGCAGAUUGACUGAUACGAAUUAGGGUUUGAAAUGCGGAGUGGGAAAUGGGGAGUUGUGAAGACCCAGUUCCCCGACAGAAUACCCAUGACCAGAUAGAACUAGGGCUGAUGUAUCCUAAACGUGAUCCCGAUCCUGAUGCUGAACUCCUUCUCCAGCAAUUCGAAAAUGUAGCCUUGAAAGAUACGGAGGAGACUGAGAUUCAGUACCCUUUGAGGCCUUAUGCCCAAGACUGUCCGUACUAUAUCCGAACUGGGUCUUGUAAGUUUGGACUGAAUUGCAAGUUCAAUCACCCUGUGACGAGGACAGCCCAGGUUGACAAGGAGAGGGAAAAUGAAGGAGAAGGGUUGUCAGAGACGAUCGAAUGCAAGUAUUACCUAACAGGAGGAGGGUGCAAGUAUGGAAAUUCUUGUAGAUAUAGUCACUCCAAAGAAACAAAUGAGCUAGCAACACUAGAGUAUAACUUUUUAGGUUUGCCAAUGAGAGUGGGAGAGAAAGAGUGCCCCUACUACAUGCGUACUGGUUCCUGUGGAUAUGGGGCAAACUGCCGGUUCCACCAUCCAGAUCCUACAUCUGUGGGAGGUUCAGAACCUAAUGGAAAUGGUGAAUAUGUGGGAGGAUUUGACAGUUUAGGAAAUCAUAAUGGUGAAUCUACCAUAUUGAAUUUAUCAGGUGCAUCACAACCAUCCAUGGCUUCAUGGUCUUCACAUAUGUUGUCAAAUAAGAGAGUUCCCUACUCAGAUAAUCGCUCAUCUUAUGUGCCUGCAAUGCAUUCAGUUCCUCAAGGAAUACAUCCAAAUCUUGAACUUAAUGGGCAUCAGGCCCCUAUCCAUUCCCAAGGAAUGCCACACCAUUUUCAUUCAGGCCUGACACUGAACAAGUUGAUGAAGAAAUCUGAUGUCUCUCAACAUUAUGAGCAGACUCAGGUUGAAGAAUUCCCUGAACGACCAGGAAAACCUGAGUGUGAUUACUUCAUGAAAACUGGGGACUGUAAAUAUAAAUCUGCAUGUAGGUAUCACCAUCCAAAGAGCAGAGUCCCAGGAUUGCCAGUCUGUGCUCUCAGUGACAAGGGCUUACCUUUAAGACCUGGUAAAAAAAUCUGUUGGCAUUAUGAAAGCUAUGGUAUUUGCAAGUAUGGUCGUGCUUGUUUGUUUGAUCAUCCCCCGAAUCAUACUCCAUCAUCUUUCCCGGUUGGGUCCAAGUUAGACCCUCCAUUGGGUCACAACUCUGCAACUGUAGGAGGGAACAGAAUGGCUGGAUGCCAGGAUGAAAUUCAGGAUUCAGGCUGGGAUUGAGUACGGACAUGUAGCUUUGAUCCGGCAGUUGCUGUAGAAAUUUUGCAUCUAGCCUCCUUCACCUCUCUUUUCCAGUAAGGAUGUUGCUUUUUAUUUUUAUUUAGCUUAUGAAAGUUUCAUUUUUCUACCUUUAAGACUCGGUUCCUGCAGGCUGUUGUGCAUAGAAUAGAACCCUCUUGCAAGCAUAGGAGGGGCUGUUUUAUACAUGAACUUUGCAUAACGUUACUCGAAUUUCCUUUGUUUAAGUCAGGUGAAAAUUUGUUCCAUGUUACUGAAUAAGUUUGUGAACGCUUUUCUAUCAACCCAGGUUUCAUCCUCUUGCAUUCUGGUA